GAUGUGGGCUGGUGUGGCUGAAAUGCCAGGGCUGAAUUUAUAUCCCAGUCCGCCCCGGUAAAAAUAACCUCAAUAGGGACUCUGAAUUGAAAGAGCAGGAAACUGACCCUAAUGUUAAAACACUGUUUAUGAGUUACUAUAACAGGUCCAUGUAACUUAUUGAAAGAUUGCAGCAAGUGGAAUGAGUUAGUUUGAGUCAAUAAGUACAUUUUACACUCCUGCUUACACUGGCUGAUCUUUAGAUAGACGGCAGCCCUCAGACUAUAAUGCAAUGGACAAACACACAUUUGGAAGUGAUGAGAAAUCUGUGAUGAACAGAAAUGCCUGGAUAGAUGGCAAAACAAAGGAGGAUGAAGACUCGGGUCAUAUGGAAAGGUUGAUGAUGGUGGGAUGUGCAAGGAAGGAAGGAUUGGCUAAAGUGAAGAUGGAGGAGAGAGGCCACUGGGUCAGUAAGACUGAGUUUCUGCUGGCCGUAGCAGGGAAUGUGGUGGGCCUAGGUAACGUUUGGAGAUUCCCAUAUCUCUGCUACAAAAAUGGUGGAGGGGCAUUCCUGGUGCCGUACCUGGUCUUUGCGAUGACGUGUGGGGUUCCAUUAUUCCUGCUGGAGACUUCCAUGGGACAGUACACCCAGGAGGGAGCCAUCACCUGCUGGAAAAGACUGUGCCCAAUUGCAGAGGGUAUAGGCUAUGCUGGACAGCUGAUUCUUCUGUACAGUUGUUUCACUUACAUCAUCAUCCUGACCUGGGCUUUGUUCUACCUGAGCUUUUCCUUCAGUUCUCAACUCCCCUGGGCCAGCUGCACCAACCCCUGGAACACAGAUUACUGUGUUGACUCUGAAAACCAGACCAUCAACGGAACCCGCCAGAUGAACUCAACCUCUGCCGCCACUGAAUUCUGGGAACGCCGCGUGCUGGCCAUCUCAGGGGGAAUUGAAGAGGUGGGCAGUGUCAGGUGGGAGUUGCUGCCCUGUCUCAUUGUCAUGUGGGUUAUCUGCUACUUUUGCAUCUGGAAAGGGGUCAAAUCAACAGGCAAGGUUGUAUAUUUCACAGCGACCUUCCCCUAUGUGAUGCUGCUUAUACUGCUAAUCAGAGGCCUGACUUUACCGGGGGCGAUGCAGGGGGUUAAGUUCUACCUCUACCCUGAACCAGAGCGUCUCUCAGACCCACAGGUGUGGAUGGAAGCUGUGUCCCAGAUCUUAUUCUCCUACAGUGUGUCUGCGGGCACAUUAACCGUAUUGGGCUCCUACAACAAUUACAACAAUGACUGCUACAAGGACUGUCUGUGGAUGUGUUUGCUGAACAGUGGCACCAGUGUGGUGGCUGGGUUUGCCGUCUUCUCAGUCCUAGGUUUCAUGGCCCAUGAGCAGGGCGCACUCAUUGAGGAGGUGGCUGAGUCAGGUCCUGGUCUGGCUUUCAUAGCAUACCCCCAGGCAGUAGCCAUGAUGCCCCUGCCUCAGCUGUGGGCUAUCUGCUUCUUCAUCAUGAUCAUUCUACUGGGUCUGGAUACACAGUUUGUAAUGAUGGAGGUGGUGAUGACAUCAGUGACAGACCUGUUUCCAGAUGUGCUUCGGAGGACUGGGCGCCGGGAACUCUUCCUCCUCUUCUUCUGCCUCAUCUGCUUCAUCUGCCAGCUCAUCAUGAUCACAGAGGGUGGAAUGUAUGUGUUCCAGCUAUUUGACUACUACGCCUGUAACGGAACCUGCUUGCUCUUCAUCUCUGUGUUCCUGUCCUUGGCCAUGGGAUGGAUAUUCGGUGCAGAGCACAUGUGUGUUGUGAUCGAGGACAUGACAGGAACGAGGCCUAACCCUUUCUUCAAGCUCUGCUGGCUCUACUUGACCCCUCUGGCUUCCUUGGUUUCAUUCAUCUGCUCUUUGGUGGAGUACCAGCCCUUGACCUUCAAUCGUUGGUAUGUAUACCCAGGAUGGGCAUAUGUACUGGGCUGGCUGCUGGCCCUCUCCUCCAUCCUCCUUGUCCCUGGGUUGGCCCUGUUCCAGAUCUGCACUGGUACAGGCAGCCUUAGAGAGCGUUUCCUUAACCUGUGUCAGCCAGUUCCUGAUCUAUCACUGACCCGGAAGAAAAAAGCUGAGCUGCAGCCACAAAUAGUCUCAGGAGCACCGAUGGAGGUCCUAUUGACCCCAGGGUAGGAAUUGGCAGAUAAA